UUUGUUAUGAACCGGGAGCCUCGGCACGUUGGAUGACGACACUCGCUAGCGGAGUUUCCAUUGGCCACUGCUCCACCGGAAGUAGACUACGACCACCUACUCUCGUCUCUUUGCUCCGUGGCAUUUUGCAGCAGAAGCUACCUGCAGACGCCUUUUUUCAGACCGAACCGGCGGCGACAAGAUGAGGCAGGAAUGGACUUAAGCAUUAGGGGGUAAUUAUUCCACACAGAGGGGGUUUAUGAGCCAGCUGGGGCCAAGAAGCAAGAUCCUCCCAUGAAAAUGACCUAAUUGUAAUUUUGAUUUCACUGAGACUGUGUUUCUAAUCAUAUUCUGAGUGAUGUGAUGUGAUCGGAGGGAAAAAGGGGGAUGCAGAUUUGCCCGCUAUAGGCGUUGGGAAGACGCGAUGCCCAGGCGGGGGUUGCCCCUCCAGGGCCGGCUCCGCUGGCUCUUCCUGGGCCUCUUCCUGCUGCUGGUGUUGCUGCUGUUCGCCUACCUGCUGGAGUGCACGCCGCCGGCGGACGGCAGCCUGGUCCUGCCCGGCCUGGUGGGGGAGAGCUACGGGAAGGAGUACUACCAGGCCCUGCUGCAGGAGCAGGAGGAGCGCCACCUGAGCCGCGCCGCCAGCCUCAAGCGGCAGAUCGCCCAGCUCAAGCAGGAGCUCCAGGAGAUGAGCGAGAAGCUCAAGCUCCUCCAGGACAAGAAGGAGCCCCCCGGGGCGCAGGGCCUGGGGGAGAACAGAGACCAAGAGCCGGGAGACCUGCUGGAGUUCCUGCACUCCCAGAUCGACAAGGCGGAGGUCAACACGGGGGCGCGGCUGCCCAGCGAGUACGCCCUGGUGCCCUUCCAGAGCUUCACCUCCUCCAAGGUCUACCAGCUGGAGAUGGGGCUGACGCGGCACCCGGAGGAGAAGCCGGUCCGCAAGGACCGCAGGGACGAGCUGGUGGAGGUCAUCGAGGCCGCCCUGGACAUCAUCAACAACCCCGACGAGGAGGAUGGCGUGGAGGACGACGUGCCCAUGCAGAGGCAGUCCUACACGGAGAGCCACUUCACCGAAGGCCUGUACAGGACGGAGCGGGACAAAGGGACGCUCUACGAGCUCUUCUUCGCCAAAGAGGAGUCCAGCAGCUUCCGCCACGUCACGCUCUUCCGCCCCUUCGGCCCCAUCAUGAAGGUCAGGAGCACGUCCGUGGAGACGUCGGGAACGGUCAUAAACCUCAUCGUGCCUCUGGCGGGCCGAGUCGACACCUUCUCGCAGUUCCUGCAGAACUUCAGGGAGGUGUGCAUACAGCAGGACAGGCGGGUUCAUCUCACAGUGGUUUAUUUUGGCCAGGAGGGCCUCCAGGAGGUGAAGUCAUCUGUGGAAAAAAUGUCAAGGGACGAGAGCUUCUCCAAUUACACCCUGAUCCCGGUGGACGAAGAGUUCUCCCGCGGCCGCGGCCUGGACAUCGGCGCCCACGCCUGGACCAAGGGGGACGUGCUGAUGUUCUUCUGCGACGUGGACAUUCACUUCACGCUGGAGUUCCUCAACGCCUGCCGCCUUCACGCCGCUCCCAACAAGAAGGUCUUCUAUCCAGUGGUGUUUAGUCUGUACAAUCCCGCCAUAGUUUACGGAAAUUUGGAGCUGGCUCCACCCAUCGACCUCCAGCUGAUCCACAAAAAAGACGCCGGAUUCUGGAGAGACUUUGGCUUUGGAAUGACCUGUCAGUAUCGCUCCGAUUUUCUCAACAUCGGUGGCUUCGACCUGGAAGUCAAAGGCUGGGGAGUAGAAGACGUCCACUUGUACAGGAAGUAUCUCCGGAGCGAGCUGAUCGUGAUCCGGACCCCCGUGUCGGGUCUGUUCCACCUCUGGCACGAGAAGCAGUGCGCCGACGAGCUGACGCCGGAGCAGUACCGCAUGUGCAUCCAGUCCAAAGCCAUGAACGAGGCCUCCCACUCCCACCUGGGCAUGCUGGUGUUCCGGGAGGAGAUCGAGGCUCACCUACGCAAGCAGGCCUUCAAGACUCAGAGCAAGUCGGAGGAUUGAGCAAGCCUGGGAAGCCCAACACCAACCCCCCCCCCUCCUCCCCCUCUUAAGACUGCGGGGUGCCGACGUCGUUUCGACACCUCGCCACAGACAUGUUUACACGGAUCCUUCUGUAUUUCACUGCACAGCUGUAGACAAAUGAAUGUACAAAAAAAAAAAAAAAAGACGCCGAGCAAAGCGAAACGUCACCACAACGGUACACGUCUCACAGAGGAGCUACAGCCGUAAACGAUCCAAAAUCAGCAAUAUUUAACCCGUCGAAGGAGGACAAGUAAAACAAACAGAGCUAAACAAACAAAGCGGUAUUGUGUCCGUGUGGAUGGAGGCCACCUUUGUUUUUUUUUUGUUUUUUUACAUUUCAAACUU